CGUCCUGAGGGCACCGUGGUCUCCUCCAUCUGCACCGCCUGGACCACAGGGACGAGACGCCAUGACCCCCAGCCUCACGGCCCUGCUUUGCCUCGGGCUGAGUGUGGGCCUGAGGACCCAGGUGCAGGCAGGCACCCUCCCCAAACCCACCAUCUGGGCUGAGCCAGGCUCUGUGAUCCCCUGGGGGAGCCCCGUGACCAUCCGGUGUCAGGGGACCCUGGGGGUCCGGGAGUUCCAUCUGAAUAAAGAGGGAAGCUCACCUCCCUGGUACAGAAAGCCCUCACUGGAGCCCGGGGACAAGGGCAAGUUCUCCAUCUCAUAUAUGACACAAUCCGACGCAGGGAGAUAUCACUGUUAUUAUCGCAGCCCCACUGGCUGGUCAGAGAGCAGUGACCCCCUAGAGCUGGUGGUGACAGGGGUCCACAGCAAACCCACCCUUUCAGCCCUGCCGAGCCCUGUGGUGACCUCGGGAGUGACCCUCCAGUGUGGCUCAUGGCAGCGACUGGACAGGUUCAUUCUGACUAAGGAAGGAGAACCCAAGUCCUCCUGGACCCUGGAUGCACAGCGAGGCCCCCAUGGGCAGACCCAGGCCCUGCUCCCCGUGGGUCGCGUGACCCCCAGCCACAGGUGGACGUUCAGAUGCCACGGCUUUUACAGGGACACCCCCCAGGUGUGGUCGGCCCCCAGUGACCCCUUGGAGCUCCUGUUCCCAGGUGUGUCUGGGAAGCCCUCCCUCCUGACCCUGCAGGGCCCUGUCGUGGCCUCUGGACAGAGCCUGACCCUCCAGUGUCGCUCUCACGUCGGCUAUGACAGAUUCGCUCUGUCCCAGGAGGGGAGACAGGCCCUCCCCCAGCGCCCUGGCCGGCAGCCCCAGGCUGGGCUCUCUCAGGCUGACUUCCCCCUGGGCCCGGUGACCAACACCCACGCGGGCCGGUACAGAUGCUACGGUGGACACAACCUCUCCUCCGAGUGGUCGGCCCCCAGUGACCCCCUGGACAUCCUGGUGGCAGGGUGGUUCCCUGACACGCCCUCCCUCUCGGUGCAGCCGGGCCCCCUGGUGGCCUCAGGAGAGAACGUGACCCUGCUAUGUCAGUCAAGGAGCACAAAGGAAACUUUCCUUCUGUCCAAGGAGAGGGCAGCCCAGCCCCCACUGCGUCUUAGAUCAAAGUACCGAGGUGGGCAUUUCCAGGCCGAAUUCUCCAUGAGUCCCGUGACCUCAGCCCACAAUGGGACCUACAAGUGCUACAGCUCACUCAGCAGUAACCCCUACCUGCUGUCACAUGCCAGUGCCCCCCUGGAUCUCGCGGUCUCAGGAGGCUCUGAAGUUGGGGCCCUUCCCCCCACGGAGCCAGGCCCGCAGACGGGUCUCAAAUGGUACCUGAACGUCCUGAUCGGGGUCGCGGUGGCCUUCGUCCUGCUGCCCCUCGUCCUCCUCGUCCGACACUGGAGUCAGAGCAGACGCAGGAAGUCGGGGGCUGCAGACCCAGAGCCCAAGGACACAGGCCUGCAGAGCAGCUCCUGCCCGGCCGCCGCCGCCCAGGACCAGGCCCUCUAUGCUGCCGUGAAGGACACACAGCCUGAGGACGGGGUGCAGCUGGACCAUCCGCAGAACAGGCAGGAUGCAGACCCCCAGGAGGGGACGUACGCCCAGGUGAACCACUCAAGAUCAAGAUUAAGGCGGGGGGUGGCCACCUCUCCUUCCUCCCUGUCGGGGAGAUUGCUGGACACGAAGGACAGACAAGCGGAAGAGGACGAGCAGAGGGACGGUCAGGCCGCCGCAUCUGAAGCCCCCCAGGAUGUGACCUAUGCCCAGCUGAACCACUCGACCUUCAGACGGGAGACUGCAACCCCUGACCCCCAGUCAGGGGAGCCCCCAGAAGAACCCAGCGUGUAUGCUGCUCUCGCUGUCCGCUAGCCCAGGAAGGACCCAGACCCCACGCUCCAGGGAGGAAGACUGCACGGACCCCAGAAGGCACAGGAGCUGCCUGCCCGCAGUGGACACCGCCUAACGACCAUCAGACAGCCUGGACUCCCAACACAGACCACCAGGAGCCCCUGGGACCCUUUGGCAGUCACCUGAUUCUACCAUCAAAGAUAACUAAUAUCCUUACGUUUGGGAAAUAAUGCAACAGACUUCUCAAAAAUCAAUGUGUGAGUUGAAAACCAAAAUCAAAACGAAAAAAAACAAACAAACAAUAAAACAAAACAGAAGUGGGAAAAUGUUUUCAAUGAAUGAUAAUGUAAAUAAUACACAUCAAAACAUAUGAAAUGAGAAAAUUAAGAACCAUGAAUGAAUAUAUUAGAAAAGGCUUUAAAAAAAUCGAUGACCUAACAUAUCAUACCAAGACUUCAGGAAAAAAUAGCAAAUUAUUUCAAAUGAAGGUAGAAGGUGGGAAUAAUAAUGACAAGGGUAGCUAAUAAUGAAGACAACCAAAAAGUAGAGAAAAUCAAUUAAGGCAAAAAAUAAACUCAUUCUUGAAAACAUUCAUGAA